UUUUUAACAGCGGAAGUAUCAACAAGACUUGCAAUGGCGUCGAUUUGUUGUCUUCCGAGGUAGUAUAAAUACUUUCGAAAUGUUGCACACAUUAGUGCCCUAAAAAGGAACAAAAGCAAAAUGGAAGCAGGUGUUCAGACUUUUCCGGGCGUUUAGAGCCUUUGAGAAUCAGCUGAAGACUCUUUGCAUCAAAGAAUUUCCGUGUGGACUAGGACCUUGGCGUGAACCAGACCCGCACAUUCCUGUACCACGAACAAAAUUUCUGCCAUCUAUAUCAGGAAAACUGCAGCCAAAGAUACCUCCAUCAACACAACAGAAAUACCCUGGACCACAGGCAGAGCAGACAGGUAAUCUACAAGAUUAUGUGACAUCAAAUAUCUCACCUUGGCAUCUUGACUAUACCUGGAGCAAUGAAGCAGAAGCACUUCGUGCCAUUGCUGUGAGGUCCCCUUGGCUCAUUGACAAGCAGUUUGUGCUUUGUCAUUUUCAAACACUGAAGAUCAUAGACAGAGGGGUGACAGAUUGGACGAGGGAUUGCUAAAAUUGUGCAACCUCAAAGAACUGGUUUUAACUGCAAAUCAUAUUCAUACAGUGAAUGCUAGAUACUUGCCAAAAUCUCUGCAGAUGCUGGAGCUAUGUGCCAACAAGAUCAGUGACAUUUCUGCAUUAAGUACACACCCACCACUGCUUGUACACUUAGGCCUUGGGUACAACAAUAUAUCCUUCAUUGGAGACUACAUUACAGGAGAUAUUUGGCCAUCUUUAUUGUCCUUGGAUCUGAGCAACAACAACCUGACUGACUUGCUGGAUGUUGUACAAAAAUUUUCUACCCUACCCAAACUUCGAUACCUUGUCCUGACGGGAAAUCCUUUAACUCUCAUUCCUGGUUAUCGAGGAUACAUCAUUGACAAUCUUCAUUGUUUGACUAUUCUUGAUGAUAUCCGAAUAUCUGCUGAUGAGAAACAUCACUUCAAGGGGCUGGCACGAAGAAGAGAAUACAUUCUUGAUGAGGCUAAAGUUAUGCUGGAAGUGAAGUAUUUGAAAGGCUUGCCUGUGCCUGAAGAAGUCAAGAAUCCUGAUGAUCAACCCGAAUUUCCUGUGAUUGAGCGUCUCUACUUUGUGCAAUUCAUGUUCCCUGCUGAACACAGCAAUCAGGCGAGCAUAUUUCACAUCCUACACGAUGACCUUGAGGAUAUCAGAACAGUAUCGGAACAUCAUGAUUCUGCUUUAGAAACACAGUCGGCUAUAAUGGGGUAUUCUCAAACCUCAGAAGCUCACACACCUGGAGGGCAACCCGAGAUAAAGCGAGUUAACAACUUGUCUUCAGCACUUCCACAGGAGUCUGGUGUUUCUGCAGGCAUUAGUGGGGAAGAAGAAAAAAUAAGAGAAGGUCAAGAGGUCACAACGGGAGAACACUGUCUACAGCUAGCACCAGUCAAUACAGACACCAAGCCAUGGGCUGAGGUGAUAGAAAUGAACUGGCAGACAAACUUGGUGCGAGAUGACCUGAUUGUUCUGAGAGACUUCUUCAAGCAAGGCAUGAACAUCUCAGUUAUAGAGCAGGUGGUUUUGUGCUUUCCAGUAGAGCCAGAAUGUAAUGCCUGUUCACCUACUAGUACAAAGGACAAGAAAACAACGUCACCACCCACCAAAUCUGACAAAAAGAAAAAGAAAGAAACUUCGCCACAGGAGCUGCGGCGAGAACCUCCACAGCUCAACACUCUUGCUUCUUUCCACAUCCCUCUGACGGUCUUUUUGGAUGGCGAAUUUGAGUUUUCUUCUGUGUUCACCAAACAAAUGGAUUCCACACAAUCUACACCAGCCAGUGACAACUCAGAAGAUGCUAAGGCUUUGAGGGGUAGCAGUAAAAACACAAAAAAAGGCAAGAUCAAAGAUGAUAAGAAAGGUAAGGACAAAAAGCCUGAAUCUAAAUCAAAAAAGAAUGAUAGUCAGCUGACUUCAGACGAGAUGUCACCAACUGAGCCACGUCUAUUUGAGAUGCAGGUGGCAGUGAGACUGCAUCACUGGACGACAGCUGUCGAUUCUUUGAAAGAAAAGGAAGAGAAAAAUAAAGCACAAGAAGUUGAAAACACAUAGGUAUCCUCCCUUGAGCACACAUGAAGAUGCAGGUGCAUAUAUGCAACCCCUCCCCAGCCCUCUGGAAUUAUUUUGUAUCGGAGUAAAGCCAGAAAUAAAUAAUUUAAAAACAAAGAGUCUUUAGGGAAACUUUAAGAAUACAGAGGGCAUGUGCACAAAAGCUUCACAGCUGUUGGAAAAAAAAUCUGGGCAGUUGGAAUCCUGCAAUCACCAUGGAAAUAGACUAUUGUGCUUGCCACUUUUUUGCACAUUCAACCACAACUUUAAAGCAUGCACAUGCACAAAAAAUGCAAAUGCAUAAUUUGCUUUCCAACUCAUCUCACAGUCACCUAUUUUUAUGUGUGUGGUAAAAAUAAUGAACAUUUUGAUUCCAAGAGGAAUCCUGGUUUUUAAAAUGGUACACUAUUGGUUGGUCAGAACUACAAAUUUAUUAUCUUCUGUGUAGUGUGCUUGCAAUAUUUAAAGACUAUUUGACAGUUGUUUUCAAAGUCAUUUCUUGUCAAAAUAAUAGAUCGAUGCACUGUAGAGCUUUUUUCGGUGAUGCACAAUAUCCACGCUUUUUACCAAGAUCAAAUGUCUGUUAUGCGUAUCUGCAUGUUUUGGAGGCUGUUUUAUAAUUUGAGAUCUGAUCAGGAGAUACACAUGGUAAAUUCCAUAUGCUUGGAUGUGAAGGUGAGAAAAUAUUUAUCAAAGGAAUAUAUUUUAUACAAUAACCAUAUAUUAAGGCUCAUGAAUUUGUUGUUUUCUGCAAUUUAUAUACAAUAAAUCUGUGAAAUACAACUAAAA